AUGAAUCUCGAGUUCUUAAAGACCCAGGAGAUUUCUCAACUAACAAUUCUCAAUGAUCUAAAAUUUGAUAAUGUGGAGGAAAUGCUAAAAAAUCCACCAUAUCAAUUGUUUUUAUCAAUUGAUGAGCUCAUUUCUCCAUCAAAAAAUUCUCGAGCUUCAAAAAAGUUUGAAAAAAAAAUUAGAGGUCCCCCUCGACCCCUUAAUGAUUAUUUUAUUUUUCGAAAAAAUUUCGAAGUUUACAUUCGCUCUCAACAGAAUGCAAUUAGUGCAACUAAUGUUGGGAACGUAUCUCGAUUCGCAUCAUGUGAAUGGAAAAAACAACCUCCAACUGUAAAGUUGUUUUUUAAAUUUUUGGCAGAAAUGGCCAAAAAUAAACAUAAAGAAAUGUUUCCUGGAUUCAAGUACAAUCCAAAACGUCAUAAAAAACUUUCUUCUUUAUCAUCUAUACCAUUACCACCCGAUAAUUAUGAUGAAAUUUUUGAUCAAAUCAUUAAUCACGAAAUGCUUGAAUGA